UUGCGCCCAGAGGCACCGUACACUUUCUGGACAUUGUUGUGCACACUCACCGUCAGGGAAAACGGUAGCCAUAUAAAACGGUCUUCCAGUCGAUAUAAGCAGCCAGUUGAUCAUGGCAGAAGACUUCUACACUCUGGGAACGCUGGGAAGUAGGCAGAGGGCCCCCCGAGACCCUUUCAGAGAGAGUCCGUCACUGGCCUCUCGGUUUAUGGACGAUGACUUUGGGAUGUCCCCUUUCCCUGAAGACUUGUCAAUGGACUGGCCCGGUUGGGCUCGGCCUAGCCGGCUCAGCACGCGGCUUUCCGCACCAUUCACGGGCACUCUGCGCACAGGGUUUCCACCAACGCGUGCAUCGACUGGGCAGCCGCCUGUGUACAGCACGAGAUACAGCGAGUCCCCCCGCAGCUCUCCGACCCAGACGCCGGGAGAGCCGUGGAAAGUUUGUGUGAACGUCCACAGCUUCAAACCAGAGGAACUUAACAUCAAAACCAAAGAUGGGUUUGUAGAAGUAUCAGGGAAACAUGAAGAGAAGCAGGAGGAAGGAGGCAUCGUGACAAAGAACUUCACAAAGAAGAUACAGAUUCCAACCGACGUUGACCCUGUGACGGUCUUCGCCUCCUUGUCGCCAGAGGGGGUGUUGAUCAUCGAGGCGCGGCAGAGCCCUCCCUACUACCUCUUCAGUAACGAAGGUCCCCAGGGAGAGAUGGAGGAGGCCAGCCAGAGCCAAGAGGCCAGGCCCCAGGAGGCCGCCAUGGUCUAGGAAGAAGCCCAGGACCGAGCUCUCUUCCCUGGGGAGACACAGGCUCACCCCGGGCCCCCCUUUCGGGACAACCAUGGCGUACAGAGCCACAUUUGACCCAAAAAUCAUGUAUGUUUGAUAAUUGGCACUAAUGUAACUCCAUAAUUGAGCAUCCAGCAGAGUAGAGGAAGAGCUAACAUGUUCAAAGCCUUGGAGAUCCUCAAAGCCUUGGAGUUCCUCAAAGCCUUGGAGAUCCUCAAAGCCUUGGAGAUCCUCAGCAUAUGUUGUAGCACCCUACAUCACCCUAUUUCCUUUGUAGACUACUUCUGACCCCUAAAUAGGGAAUAGGGUGUCAAAGAAACACCCUGAUUUUCAUUUUGAGUGUAAAGUAAUCGCUCAAUCAUCCCCCUAAAAAAAAUGUUUUUUUGUGUAUCUCUUGGUAGCCAUGCUGCUUGGUUCUCGCACCAAUUUAAUUACAAGUCACAAACUAAAUCAAUCCACUGUCUCACAGUAGCAUUGCUACUCUAUACUGGUACAGCAUGCCGUCCAUUCUAUGCUGUCCCAGGUAUAUGCAGUGCUGAACUGACCUGUUCAGAUACAGACAGAGGCUGGCUCAAGGCUGGGAGCCCAUUCUAUCUGGGUCGUUCCGUAAUGGCAUGUCUCCCUUCAGUAUUUCACACGUUAUUUGACGGAUAUGCAUCAUGCAAUGUCUUUUAUGUGUAAUUGAUCCAUUGUCAAUCAAAUUAUGUUGAAUGAGUAAAUUAAAGAAGCUCAUUGAAAUUCAUAAGCAAGUCGUACAAUAUGACUGAGUGAGAAGAUAAGUUAUAGUCUCAUUAUCGUUAUAGUGUGUGUUGAUAUUGUAUUAUACCCCAAUGUAGGUGACUGACUGUAAAUAAAUUGCACUGUAGCUUACCUA